UCGUUAUCGAUUUUCUCAAGUCAAGCCAAAAACAAAACAAAAAAAGCCAUGGAUGCGUUCUCUUCCUUCUUCGAUUCUCAACCAGGUAGCAGAAGCUGGAGCUAUGAUUCUCUUAAAAACUUCCGUCAGAUAUCUCCGUCCGUUCAGAAUCAUCUUAAGCGGGUUUAUUUGACAUUGUGUUGUGCGCUCGUUGCGUCUGCCUUUGGAGCUUAUCUCCAUGUGCUCUUGAAUAUUGGUGGUCUUCUUACAACUUUUGGAUGUUUUGGAACUAUGAUUUGGUUGCUUUCAUGUCCUCCUUAUGAACAACAAAAGAGGCUUUCUCUUCUGUUUAUUUCUGCUGUUCUUCAAGGUGCUUCAGUUGGGCCCUUGAUCAAAGUGGCAAUUGAUGUUGAUCCAAGCAUCCUCAUCACUGCCUUUGUUGGAACUGCGAUAGCAUUUGUCUGUUUCUCAGCAGCAGCAAUGCUAGCAAGACGCAGGGAGUAUCUUUACCUUGGUGGACUGCUUUCAUCUGGUUUGUCCAUGCUAAUGUGGCUUCAGUUUGCCUCUUCAAUUUUUGGUGGCUCUGCUUCUAUUUUUAAGUUUGAGCUAUACUUUGGGCUGUUGAUCUUUGUGGGAUACAUGGUGGUGGAUACACAAGAGAUCAUAGAGAAGGCACACCUUGGCGACAUGGACUACAUCAAACAUUCACUGACCCUCUUUACUGACUUUGUAGCUGUGUUUGUUCGGAUUCUCAUCAUAAUGUUGAAGAACUCAGCAGAUAAAGAAGAGAAGAAGAAGAAAAGGAGAAACUAAGACUCGAAAAUGGGAGAGAUGAAAGUAAAUAGAGUGAGUGGUUAGAAGUACCUGAAAGCAUUGUAAUGGUGCUUUACAUGGUCAUCAUGUUAAGCCACUGUGGUGUUUUAUCUGUCAGGACACUUAUUUUGUGCAACAUUUUCCUACUUAAAAAGGAUUUGUUUGUUUUUCGCCCUUAUUAUAAAUAUUAACUUGAGAUUGUAAAUGGCCAGAGUUUUCCAAA